GGCUGAGGGUUGGCUUGUUUUCGCUGGUGGCUCGCCUCUCCUACCUCCUGUUUUUGUUGCGUGAAAGUGGACACAUAGAAUAACAGUGUCGCCGUCGUUUCUUCCAAACAUCCUGGUGAAACAAGGUGGAAUGCGGACGCUUCGCGCAAGCAGAGAAAUAUUUCCUUCAUUACGUUUGGGAUUUGAGUGGGCUACUUUUGUCACGAAUUUCCAGACUGAAAUUUCCUUGCGCCUUUGAUCUAACCACAUGCUGAGUUGGUGUGGAAAAGUUUGAAAUCAAAAAAACAUUGGAUAACAUCGGAAGAGAGUCCAGAGACUGACUUGUGCCAGCUGUUCUUCUUGCGGACGAGGAGAAGGCGUGCGUUGUUCUGAGAAACCCACACCUGCUUCUGCAGGCGGCUGGUCUGGGAUUAUCGGGAGAUUUAAAGAGCAGUUGCCUUGACAUUUGAUAGAAAUUGAAAUCCCCCAUGACCCUCACUUUUAUGACGACAUACUUCUGUGUCUUCGAGUGUCUGUCAGGAUGGUGAUUGCCAAAUAGCUGGAGCGAUUUAUCCCCCACACAUGUAGAUUUUACCAUUUCAAUAAUUUGGCCAGUUUGGAUUCUGUCCUACCAAUGGCGAAGUGGUUGAAAGACUAUUUAAGUUUUGGCAGCAAGCGUAUGCCACCACAACCACCCACUCCAGACUACACCGAGAGCGAAAUAUUGAAAGCGUAUCGGAUUCAGAAAAGUCUGGAUUUCGAAGACCCUUAUGAAGACUCUGAAAACCGUUCAAGAAAUGACUGCGGGACGACCGACACGUCUCCCACCGCUGCUUUUGGCUCCCCGGUGAAGUCCAGCACCGUUGUGGACGGAAAGGUUGUGUCGCCCAAACAUCGGCUCAUCAAAGUCGACUCUCAAGAUCUGGGGAGAACCAAAAUCCUUCUAAGCUCAGUUUCCCCAGAUGAAUCAGUGGAACCGGUGGUGCCUUCAGCUCCCACGUUGGGAGACACUGAUUACUCCGACCCCUUUGACGCACGGCUGGACCGGCGCACGGAACCGGAUCACGGCCCGGUUCACCCGGAGAACAACGGAUACAUGGAGCCCUAUGAGGCCCAGAGAGUCAUCGCAGAGCUGCAGCGUGGCACCACAGCAGGCUGGGGCCGAGGGGGAGUGCAGCUGUACGACACCCCGUAUGAGGAUGGCGUGGGGGGCCCUCAGCCGGUGGAGGAGGAGAGGGAGAGCCGGCUGCCCCAGGACGACGAGAGACCAGCCGACGAGUACGACCAACCCUGGGAGUGGAAGAAGGACCACAUCUCCAAGGCACUCGCAGUCCAGUUCGAAGGUGCCGAGUGGGACCGGUCGUCCUCCCCCACAGAGCGUCUGAGAGGGCCCAGGUCAUCACCCCUCGCCGGGGGCAACAUGAAGUUCCGCAAGCCCUCGGAGGCCCUCAUGAUGAUGGGGGAGAGAGUGGACCCCACCCUGGCCCUGGAGAAGCAAGUGUGGUAUCAUGGUUCUCUGUCUCGGGCGGACGCUGAGUCCCUGUUGACUCUAUGUAAGGAAUGCAGCUACCUGGUCAGAAACAGCCAGACCAACAGCUCUGACUACUCACUGUCACUACGGAGCUGUCAGGGCUUCAUGCAUAUCAAGUUCAGCCAGUCCAAAGAGGGCCGCUACAUCCUGGGCCAGAACAGCCCUCCCUUCUCCUCCAUCCCGGAGGUCAUCCACUACUACACCACCCGCAAGCUGCCCAUCCGGGGCGCCGAGCACCUCUCCCUGCUCUUCCCCGUACUGGUACAGACACUCUGAGGACGUUACACUACACUACGCCAUGCUCCGCCACACUAUGCCAUGCCAUGCCAUGCCAUGCCAGGACUGUUGAAGGAGUAGUUUAAAGCCUGCACAUCCAACAAAAAUCGUCUGACCUGCUGGGUGCAGGUCAACCAAAUGACCAGAUAAAAAUGAAAAAGUCAGCUUCAGCCAGGAUUUGGCAGCAGAAAAAUCCUGGUUGAGUUGGGUUUAUGUACUUUUUUUCAUUUUUAUCAUGCCAGGACUGUGUCAUGAUCCCCCACCAUGACACUCUUGAGGACCUGCUGAAACCAGGAGGCCUCCACUGUGCUAAGGCCAUGGUGCUACCCGGGCCACAGCUGCUCACCUUAACACCUGUUAUCAUGGGUAAACGGGACCCAGAACUAGACGCCUUGACUGACUUUUUUUGUUUACCGUGCUCGUACAAACCCCUCUGAGAGCCCAGAGUCAUAACCGUGCAAGACAGUGACAGGAAACGAGUGGGGAGAGAGAGAUGGAGAGGGAUCGGCAAAGGAUGCAGGCCAAAAUCAAACCCGGAUCGCCAGUGUUGCAGCCCAGUGCCCUACCCUUGGAGCCACGGCCGGGCCAAGGCUCACCUAAACAACUGUUCACAUGUUGACUGCCCGAGCACCGCCUUACCUGUGCUCAUGCAGACUGUCUGUUCUGAGGAGGCCAAUCCAGCUCGUCAUCGCGAGUAACUAGCCCCUCCUCUUCCUGUUCCCUGUGGUGGUGGCAACACUCUGAGGACCAGCCACGUUUACAUCACCCUAAAAAACCUGUCGCCACGGGUAACCGGCACCCACAAUAGCUUGACUGGAGGAGCCAAAGCGGAUGGGCCAAGGCGGUUGGGGAGAGGGGGAUGGAUGGUGGGGAGAAAGGAUGGAUAGAGAGGGAGGAUGGAAAGGGGGGGCAUAGAAAGGGAGGGAGAGGAUGGAGGGGAAGCCUUUUCUCUUCCUACGGAGCAGCGCGGGUGUUCUGCCAUUCAGAGGAUUUGUUUGGUAUUGUGCAGGCACAAGGAGGCCCCGGUAAUGCUACUGCUAAUCCCCCACCACCCCCCUCAACACCCCCC